ACAUUAGUGUUUAAACAUAAAUCAACCAAAUUGAUUCGGAUGGUCCUAAUCCAGAUGGGCUUUAAUCACUUUUAAUUGAGCCUAUUAAUCAUCGCGAUGAUCUGAAGAUCUGUAUUAUCCUCAGAUCAGUCCACAAGUGGGAAGUCUAUAGAGAUCCAGAGAGGAGGGGAGAGGUGUUGGUUCUAGCUCCUCCCAACCGAUUGUUAAGAGCCGGAGUGUUUCUGUUACAUUGUUUCUGGAGCGGAUCAAACGCCCUACGCCGAGAACCUCCUUUUCUCAUUGAAAUAAAGUGUCUGCCUCUCACACAUGGAGUUUCUGUGAUGCAAAGUCAGGCGCACAGGGACAGUGCUGCAGAACGCGCUGGGUUGUUGGAGACACUUUGGAGAUACAGAAACCCCGAACUCUUACAGACGCAGAAUAAGGGAGAUGAAUUAAAAGUGGCUUUUUUCCGUGAGAUUUACGCGAUACAUUUCAGCGUUUUCGACCAUGUUUCGCUUUGGACUCUGUAUGGUUGGGCUGCUGUGCGCCGUGCGUUUCGCGGGGGCAUCGUCGUGUCCGUCCGGGUGCGAGUGUUCAGAAGCCGCGCUGACGGUCAAAUGUGUUUCCAAAGAUCUGCGGGACAUACCGACCGGCAUCCCGGGAUACACGAGAAACCUCUUUAUAACGGGUAACCACAUCAGUCAUAUUGGGCCGGAGUCCUUCCAGGGACUGGAUAAUGUGACAAAUUUGUCGCUGUCGAAUAACAGGAUCUCGGAGGUAAAGUCUCACACGUUUUCGAGCAUGCGAAGCCUCAGGUCGCUGGACCUAAGCAACAACCAGCUGGCCCUCAUCCAUCCUGAGGCAUUCGCUGUCCAGGGCAGCAUGCUGAGGGAGCUCAACCUCAGUCGGGCUCUCUACAACCACUCUUCUGUCAUAGAUUUAGCCACCUCCCUUUGCCGGAGCAGCUUGGGUGAUCUGCUAGUGCUGGACCUGUCCAGCAAUGGCCUUGUCUACUUGCCCCCUGGCAUCUUUUCCCAUCUUGUCAGCUUGCAACGUCUUCAGCUCGCGAACAACUCCAUAGUGGUUAUCCAUAACGGGACAUUCACAGGGUUGGAUCAUCUCCAGGAACUCGAUCUAACGCAUAAUGCCCUCAGGACCUUGCGCGACGAGGCGCUUCAAGAGCUGGAACACUUGCGUACGGUAAGGCUUCACUUGGCAGAGAACCCAUUUACUUGCAUUUGCGAUAUCGAGCCAUUUGCUGAAUGGCUGAACGCCUCACGUGCACUUGUAGUGGAUGUCGAGAGCCUCGCUUGUGUUUUCCCCAUCGAACUGCAGAACACAUCGCUGCUGAUGGUGGGCGAGCUGGAGUUGGGUUGCCACAGGGCUGGAGAGACCGACAAUCUGGCACUGCAAACUUCUUACGUGUUCCUGGGUAUCGUACUGGGAUUUGUUGGUCUCAUGUUUCUUUUCGUGCUCUACCUGAACCGCAAAGGUAUUAAGAAACGGAUCUACGACAUGCGCGAUGCCUGCCGAGAGGUUUGGGAAGGGUAUCAUUACCGAUACGAGAUUGACUCUGAUCCCCGUCUCUCACAGAUCUCCACAACAGCUGAUGUGUGAAGCUCUUCCCAAACCAAGCUCAUGACACGAACUUGUUUUCUAUUGUAUUCAUAUGUGGAAUAUGUACAUUCAUGUUCCAGGCAUGUAGACGUAUUUUAAAAGUCCCAUAUAUACUUUGUCGCAUUUCCGUGAGAAGCAUGUACUGCCUGUUAAGUCUUGUUUAGGCCCUUAUAACAAGCACACCUCCCCCUCAAAUGCAGAAUUGUCCCCGGGAGGCGUUUGCUUCUCAAUUAUUAUUGGAUGCUUGAGGAUUAGUCCAAUAAAUGGGAGAAGCCAUAAAGUGAGCCUGCAUACCACCAACAAAACCCCCACCACUCUCUAUUGUCCUGGAAUGUGGCCCACAACCUUUUUGGUUCAACUUAAGUGCCUUGUUUAUGGGAUUUAGGGGGCUGACCGGCUUCAAAGAGGGGCAACUUCGAUGUACAUUUAUCCUAUGGUGUUUGUGAAGUUGUGGGCACUGUUGCAUUGCAUGCUUGUGCAGCCCUGUCUUUAUGGAAGCAUAUGUAGUUCUAGAGUUGGACAGACUUAGCAGCCUUCUACGGUCCUCUCUGUCCUUCUAUCCACAGGGAGUCUGAGAAGAAUGUGCCGGAUUUUCUCUCCAAAAGCAUUCCAGCGUGAGGAUAACCUCCUUUAAGCUCUAGAAGGAGGGUCUUUUGAAAAGAAAGAGCCUCAGUUUGCUGAAAUAUCUGGCGCUUUUUCAUUCAGGAGAGCCGGUCGCUUUGUUUUUAUUCCGUUCGUUUUUAUUGUCAGGAUGAUGAGAACCAGCCCUCACGAGGGCCACUGAGCGAGACCCCUCCUUCUUACAGGCUGCAGAGAGGCUGCUCGCUCUUUGAAGACUCAGCCUGGCUCAGUUCCUCAUAUGUUCCCCAGAUUUUUCUGUUUAAGGGACUUUACAGUGAUAAGAUACAGAUGAAAAUGGGGCCCUUGUGCAGAAGGCGACUCUGUUUCCUCUGUCAAAUGAAUGAGACUGAAAAGUUUGUGUUUUCGACUUUGCUUGUGUCUGGUGCUCAAGACCAUGCUUUUAUACUGCAGAGGUUUGGCAAAAUGUACAAUUUGCCAUAGUAAAAAAAUAACUUUGCUUGUAAUAAUAAAAACAUUUCUGUGCCUGAUUAAUUGCUUGAUAGAUAUUUGUUACGAGAGGAAAGUUUUGGUGUUUUAUAGCACUAUUACACUAGUAUAAUUCAUUUAAAGUCAGAUUAACCUUUACCACAAAGGAGGCAUGGAAAGCUUGUAAAUAAAAUGCCAAAAGCAAAAUGUUUACUCCUUUAUUUAUCAGAUAUCCGGGGGAAAACAACA